GAGUCAAGGAGAAUCAUGGGGUCCAGGGAUGAACCGUGCAGUCUCUUAGGCGGACUCUCAUUCCUCCUGCUACUGAUGUCAGUCCAGGGGGCCAAGGGUGGAUCCCUCAAAGAGAGCCAGGGGGUCUGCUCCAGGCAGAUGCUCGUGGUCCCCCUCCAUUACAACGAGUCCUACAGCCAACCAGUGUAUAAGCCCUACCUGACCGUGUGUGAUGGAAGACGCAUCUGCAGCACCUACAGGACCACAUACCGUGUGGCGUGGAGGGAGGUGAGGAGGGAGGUGCCGCAGACCCACGUCGUGUGCUGCCAGGGCUGGAAGAAGCGGCAUCCAGGGGCCCUCACCUGUGAUGCCAUUUGUGCCAAGCCGUGUCAGAACCGAGGCGUCUGCGUUAGGCCAGAGCAGUGCGAGUGCGCCCCAGGCUGGGGUGGGAAGCACUGUCAUGUGGACGUGGAUGAAUGUAGGACUGGUGUUGCCCUCUGCUCGCACCGUUGCCUCAAUACCGCAGGCAGCUUUACUUGUGGCUGUCCUCAAGGCCUGGUGCUGGGUCUGGACAGGCGCACCUGCACAGAGGGCGCCCCGGAGCCCCCAACUGGUGCCAACAUCCUCAGUGUGGCAGUUCGGGAAGCAGAACAAGAUGAGCAUGCCCUGAGACAGGAGAUUUGGGAGCUUCAAGGGCGCCUGGAGCGGCUGGAGCAGUGGGCAGGUCAGGCCGGGGCCUGGGUCCGAGCCAUGCUGCCCAUGCCACCUGAAGAGCUACAGCCGGAACAGGUGGCAGAGCUAUGGGGCCGCGGCGACAGGAUCGAGUCUCUCAGCGACCAAGUGCUGCUGCUGGAGGAGAGGCUAGGUGCCUGCUCCUGUGAGGACAACAGCCUGGGCCCAGGCCUCAAUCUCAAUCGGCGGCCAAUAAGGAACCCCUCCAGAGCCCCUGCCCCCUAA